CCCGAACAGAACUUUUGAGGUAUUAUUCAUUCAGUAUGGUAUAUAAUGAAGGCUAGUUCAGGCAUACCUAUCUUUCCAGAUUCUCCCACAAGUCACCCUGUGGAUUUCUGUGUCCUCGAGAUAUGGCCCAAGGUUAUUUUCCUAUCCUCACCCUACGCGAAAUUACUUGCCAGGUCGCAGAAGGCCUUGAGAAGCUUGACCAACCAUGGGAGUCAUACCUGCGAAACUGAAAAGAGAAGCCAGGAGGUUUGAAUGGCCUCGAAACAGUCACCGACAUCAGCGUUAGAGGGUGGAUUUGCAGUUGGGAGGCGGAUGAAGUAAAGGUGCUCCUAGGACAACGCGCAGAGGAAGACUCAUCGCCCGGUCUUUACGAGGCAUUUGGAGGGAAAUGUGAUCCCCGGGAAAGCAUCCUGGGAGCUUUAACUCGUGAAGACUUUGAAGAGACCGGCCAAGACGUCCUGUUCAUACAUGCCUUGCUCGGGGUUGAUAUCUUUCUUACUCCGAGAUCUAAGCGAUGGAUUGCCCAACCUCACUUCCUAAUUGAGGUUGAACGGGGCUGUGAGUCUCUCAACAGCAGAGGUUUUCACAUUCGGUUGGACCCAGUCGAGCAUCAAUCCUACAUUUGGGCUCCUGAAAACCUCGAUGCAUUGGAUAGCCUACAGCUCACAGAGGCCACCAGUAACCAUUUUGGGUUAGCAGUUGCAGCUUUCCGAGAGAAAUACUCAGAAGGAUCAAGACAACGAAGUUUUCCACCCUCUAAACGCUCGCCCUGAUCUAAAACCAGCUUCUUUUGAAGAGGCCCGAUGCCCUUUCGAAACUUGUGCCAAAACCUGUCUCUCUGUCUCUCUGGGUCUCUGGGCCUUCAGAAUGACUUUCGUUAUCAAUAUUUGUCAUGAAUUUUGAGUGGACCCACAUAGAAACUGCAUUGAAGGAGAUCGUGUCAAUUUUUUGGUUUUAGCAUUCUCAAGAAGUCUGAACUUUAUGUCUCUC